AUGCUGCUGAGCCGGGUCACCUCCACCCCCUUCUCGGUCAAAGACAUCCUGCGGCUGGAGCAAGAGCAGCGCAGCCCCGCGGCUUCUCCACACCCGGGGGUGCGGAAGAGCCCGGAAAACCUUCAGUACCUGAGAAUGGACCCGGAGCCGCGAGGGUCAGAGGUUCACAACGCUGGUGGCAGCGUAGGUGACAGAAGGCAGGACGGAUCGGGGCCUCUUGGGAGUCCCUGUGAGGCAGUCUUGGAGAUGGACGGGGAACGGAUUGGGGAGCCACAGCCCGGCCUGAGCGCGGCCUCGCCCCUCGGCGGUGGGACCAGGGUGCCAGAGCGUGGCGUUGGCAACAGCGGCGACAGCGUGCGGGGCGGCCGCUCGGAGCAACCCAAGGCACGGCAGCGGCGGAAGCCGCGCGUGCUCUUCUCACAGGCGCAGGUGCUGGGCCUGGAGCGGCGCUUCAAGCAGCAGCGGUACCUAUCGGCGCCCGAGCGCGAGCACCUGGCCAGCGCGCUGCAGCUCACGUCCACGCAGGUCAAGAUCUGGUUCCAGAACCGACGCUACAAGUGCAAGAGACAGCGCCAGGACAAGUCGCUGGAACUGGCCGGCCACCCUCUAGCGCCGCGCCGGGUGGCGGUGCCGGUGCUGGUGCGCGAUGGCAAGCCCUGCCUGGGCCCCGGGCCGGGCGCUCCCGCCUUCCCCAGCCCCUACGGCGCCGCGGUGUCGCCCUAUUCCUGCUACGGAGGCUACACCGGAGCACCCUACGGCGCAGGCUACGGUGGCUGCUACGCGGGCGCGCCCUCGGGUCCUGCGCCACACACAUCACUGACCAGCGCGGGCUUCGGAUCCGGUGGCCCGAGUGCCACCCCGCAGGGACAUCUGGCAGCCACGCUGCAGGGCGUCAGGGCCUGGUGA